CCGGUGCCCCCCCCCCAGCGGGGGGUUGGCGUGCGAUGGCGCGGUGGGACUGUGAGGGCUGCCGCCGGCGGGGAUUGUGAUGUCAGAGCCCGACAGCCCGGGCGAGAGCCGGUGUGGCGCUCCCAGAUUCUUCGUGGGCUGCGAGGACGAUGAGAGCGAGGUGCUGGACGGGAGCAUGAGGACAGACAUGGAGCUGUACGAGGACGACGAGGACACAGACUCGCCUCCGGAGCGGCAGAUUGUGGUGGGAAUCUGUUGCAUGAUGAAGAAGUCCAAGUCCAAGCCAAUGACCCAGAUCCUGGAGAGGCUGUGCAGGUUCGAGUACAUCACCGUGGUCAUCUUCCCCGAGGACGCCAUCCUCAACGAGCCCGUGGACAGAUGGCCUCUGUGUGACUGCCUGAUCUCCUUCCACUCCAAGGGAUUCCCGCUGGACAAGGCGGUGAGCUACGCCAAACUGAGGAACCCGCUGCUCAUCAACGACCUGAACAUGCAGUACUACAUCCAGGACAGGAGGGAGGUGUAUCGCAUCCUGCAGGAGGAAGGGAUCGACCUCCCCCGCUACACCGUGCUGAACCGAGACCCCGAUAAGCCAGAGGAGUGCAACCUGGUGGAGGGGGAGGACCACGUGGAGGUGAACGGGGAGGUCUUCCAGAAGCCUUUUGUGGAGAAGCCCGUCUGUGCUGAGGACCACAACGUCUACAUCUACUACCCCACCUCUGCAGGCGGAGGCAGCCAGAGGCUCUUCAGAAAGAUCGGCAGCCGGAGCAGCGUCUACUCUCCGGAGAGCAGCGUGAGGAAGACGGGAUCCUACAUCUACGAGGAGUUCAUGCCCACCGACGGCACCGACGUCAAGGUGUACACGGUGGGGCCGGACUACGCCCACGCGGAGGCCCGGAAGUCCCCCGCCCUGGACGGGAAGGUGGAGCGGGACAGUGAGGGGAAGGAGGUGCGCUACCCCGUCAUGCUGUCCGCCAUGGAGAAGCUGGUGGCCCGGAAGGUCUGCCUGGCCUUUAAGCAAACGGUGUGCGGCUUCGACCUGCUCCGGGCCAACGGCCACUCCUACGUCUGCGACGUCAACGGCUUUAGCUUCGUGAAGAACUCCAUGAAAUACUACGACGACUGUGCCAAGAUCCUGGGGAACAUUGUGAUGCGAGAGCUGGCCCCCCAGUUUCAAAUCCCCUGGUCCAUCCCGACCGAGGCAGAAGAUAUUCCCAUCGUCCCCACCACCUCAGGGACCAUGAUGGAGCUGCGCUGCGUCAUAGCCGUCAUCCGUCAUGGAGACAGAACUCCCAAACAGAAGAUGAAGAUGGAAGUCCGCAACCCCAUGUUCUUUGACCUGUUCGAAAAAUACGGAGGAUACAAAACUGGCAAAUUAAAGCUGAAGAAGCCGAAGCAGCUGCAGGAGGUGCUGGACAUCACCCGCCAGCUGCUGGCCGAGCUGGGCCAGCACAACGACUGCGAGAUCGAGGAGAAGAAGUCCAAACUGGAGCAGCUGAAAACUGUUCUGGAAAUGUAUGGCCACUUCUCGGGGAUCAACAGGAAAGUGCAGCUGACCUACCUUCCCCACGGGCAGCCCAAGACCUCCAGUGAAGAAGAAGACACGCGUAAAGAAGGCCCGUCCCUGCUGCUGGUUCUGAAGUGGGGAGGGGAGCUGACUCCGGCCGGCCGGGUCCAGGCCGAGGAGCUGGGCCGGGCCUUCCGCUGCAUGUACCCCGGAGGACAAGGAGACUACGCUGGAUUUCCCGGCUGUGGGUUGCUGCGAUUACACAGCACCUACAGACACGACCUGAAGAUCUACGCCUCGGACGAGGGACGCGUGCAGAUGACCGCCGCCGCCUUCGCUAAGGGCCUGCUGGCUCUGGAGGGCGAGCUGACCCCCAUCCUGGUGCAGAUGGUCAAGAGCGCCAACAUGAACGGGCUGCUGGACAACGACAGCGACUCUCUGAGCGGCUGCCAGCACCGCGUCAAGGCCCGGCUGCACGAGAUCAUGCAGAGGAACCAGGAGUUCAGCGAGGACGACUACGACACGCUGGCCCCCACCUGCAGCGCCUCACUGGUCAACUCCAUGAAGAUGGUCAACAACCCGGUGGAGACCUGUGACCAGGUCUACGCGCUCAUCCAGAGCCUCACCUCUCAGAUCCGCAAGAGGAUGGAGGACCCCAAAUCAGCCGACCUGCAGCUGUACCACAGCGAGACUCUGGAGCUGAUGCUGCAGCGCUGGUCUAAGCUGGAGCGGGACUUCCGCAUGAAGAACGGCCGCUACGACAUCAGCAAGAUCCCCGACAUCUACGACUGCGUCAAGUACGACGUCAUCCACAACGGCUCGCUGGGCCUACAGGACACGCUGGAGCUGUUCCGCCUGUCCCGAAACCUGGCCGACAUCGUCAUCCCACAGGUGGAGAAGCUGGACAUAGCGUACGCCUACUGCCUCCCUCUGGUCAGGAAGAUCCAGCUGGACCUCCAGAGGACCCACGAGGACGAGUCCGUCAACAAGCUGCACCCCCUGUACUCCCGGGGGGUGAUGUCUCCCGGCCGCCAUGUCCGGACCCGUCUGUAUUUCACCAGUGAGAGCCACGUGCACUCCCUGCUCAGCAUCUUCAGAUACGGAGGCCUGCUGGACGAGGAGAAGGACCAGCAGUGGAAGCGGGCCAUGGACUACCUCAGUGCCGUUUCUGAGCUCAACUACAUGACGCAGAUCGUCAUCAUGCUCUACGAGGACAACAACAAGGACCUUACCUCUGAGGAGCGUUUCCACGUGGAGCUGCACUUCAGCCCCGGCGUGAAAGGCGUGGAGGAGGAGGAGAACGCGCCCACCGGGUUCGGCUUCAGGCCGGCGUCUGCCGAGGUGGCCCGCCAGAACGGGCAGAAGCAGGCCGACCCCGGCUCCCUGGAGGACCUGACCCGGGACGAGCCCGACCGCACCCCGCCGCUCUCUGAGCCAAUCACCAUCCAGAGGAGGUCCCCGCUCAUCCGCAGCCACAAGACCGGAUCCAUGGAGGUGCUGUCGGAGACGUCCUCCUCCAAAGCCGGCAGCUACCGGCUAUUCUCCUUCUGCUCGCGCCAGUCUCCCGAGAUGAAGCAGAGCGGACUAGAGUUGUUGUCUAUGCCGGCAGUAAAGCGAUUUUCUGUGUCGUUUGCAAAGCAUCCGACUAAUGAGCCCCUGAGGGACCCCCAUGUGGCCCAGCUGUUGAGGUGUUUCUCCACCGACCACAGUCUGGGCCGCCGGCCCCCCCUGGACCCGACGCUGGCCCACCACCUCCACCAGUGCUCCUACCACCUCCGCCUCUACCGAAACUGGCUCGUCUCCGGCCAGGACCCCCUAGAGUCCCUCCACGGUCAGCCCCUGGCCCCGCCCCCCUCCCUCCCGCCUGGCCCCGCCCCCAGCCCGCUGGCCCCGCCCACCUGGGGGCGCUGCUUGCUCUGUGGUUGCCUCACGCUUUGCCCCCCGGCGUCCCUGCAUGCCUGCCUGUCUCUGUGGGGUUUGCAGGGUGAAAAGCUGUGGUGCUGUGGACUGUUUGGGGUGGACGAGUUCCUGACCAGCGUGUGCCACAGCGCCGGGGACCCCCACAGCCGGACCAGCAGGGACAGCAGCGGGCCGUCCAGCACGGUGUCCAGCGCCGGCCCGUCCUCCCCCACCACGGCCGACACCUCGCCCCGCUUCAGCUUCAGCGACAAGGUGUCCCUGACCCCCCAGAGCAGCGAGGAGACGCACCCCGCCCCCCCCACAGGCCCCCCCGGCCCCACAGGCCCCCCCGGCCCCACAGGCCCCGCCCACCUCCCCCUCACCCCCAACAACUCCCCGGAGGACCAGGAGGAGCCGGGGGGCGGGGCCGAGCUGUUGGCCGGCGCCGAGGGGGGGCCGGCGUCCGGGGCGGGGGGGGACGCCCCUGGGGGCCCGGACCCGGACCCGGACCCCCGCCCGGGGGGGCUGGGGGAGCUGGCCCUGGGCCGGGCGGAGGCCUACUGCCCCCCCGGCUCGCUGCCCGUGCUGCUGGAGCUGCGGGAGAGCAGCAGCGAGGCGGGCUCCAGCUCCCAGACCCCCCAGUCCCCCGAGGGCCCCGAGGGCCCCGACCACUUCUUCCUCACGCACGAGUCCCUGGACCUGUGGGCCGACGGCCCCGAGGGCAACGCCCACCCCGACACGCCCCCGGACCACCAGCCCUGA